GGCCGUUGGGGUCGGGCAACGGAGGAGAAGCAGCCACUGAGGGGGAUGAAAGGGGCAACAGGAUCCGGUGGCCUGGUUAAGCUGACGUCUUAGCUGAACGUUGCAAAGCCAAAAGCAAUGAGGCAGUUAAAACAAAACCGCUGAGAAUACUCAGCAGGUCAGGCAGCAUCAGUGGGAGAGACAGAGGUGAUUAACAUAAGAUAAGGAGGAAACUGGAGCACCUGGAGGAAACCCACACAGACACGGGGAGAACGUGCAAACUCCUUACGGACAGCGGCCGGAAUUGAACCCAGGUCACUGGCGCUGUAAAGCGUUGUGCUAACCGCUACACUACCAGUGAUUUUUCAGCACUGAGAGUAUUACCUUGUGAGCACCAAAUGCAUAAUGCUAAACUGGAAGAAGUACAAAUGAAUCAUUCCUUCAUGGCUUGUAAUGGAGAGUCCUGCAGAUGAAAAGUCUAAGCAACUGAUUGCUGCCUGACCUGCUAUGUGUGUUUCUGGCAUUUUCUGCUCGUUUUAGAUUUCCGGCAUCUGCAGUUUUUAUUUUGAUUUUUCAACGACUGCAAGAGAUAUGUUGGCCAGCAGAGGGAGAUCGUUUCCCACCUCAUACAGUGGCAGCGACGGCAUCAGGGACUUUGUGGCAGGGCUGAGAUUUUGUCUACUUCGGUCCGUCAAGUUAGGUGACUGAAGCGGAGGGGCAGCAGCUGAGCGGCUUUUCUCUCCGUGUGCUGUAGCUGUCUGGGUCUGCGUGCAUUUACAGGAUGGCUGAGGUCGGAAAUAUUGUCGCUCUCGGAAACUCCUCCGAGGAAUUGUUCAUUAACGACCCGAUUUACGAGUUCGAUUACGAAUAUUACGAAUUCGAUGUUUCAUUUGACGGACUCAAAGCAAAUAAGUAUUCCAUUGUAAUAGCCUUCUGGGUUGGUCUUGCUGUGUUUAUGAUAUUUCUCUUCAUAAUACUUAUGUUGAUGUCACGUUCUGGCCCUGCACCAGCACAAAUCGACAGUUCACGAAGAAAACCAGCAACAAAGUUUACUAGGAAUAAUCGUCAUCAAGAACAGGCAGAGAAUGUGAUCAACUGUGUUGUUUCAUCAUUACUACCACCUGACACUGGAAAAGCAGCAAAUGCCAGUUUCAGCAAUGAACAGAAGUGCCCUGAAGCCACUGAAGGACCGCAGUUACAGCUGGAUAAUACUGUAAUUCCUGGCAGAGUUAUUCCACAAUCGGACUACCCCUAACCUGCAAUAAAGUUCCUGUUGUUAGUCCUGGGAUAAACUUGUAGCAUCACAAUAUUUAGCAAUAUGGUCAGAAAAAAAAACAUUUGUGUAUGUUUGAAUAGUUCAAGGGGAUUCUUGGAAUUCUUCAUUGAAGUAGUUGGAGUUGUGCUAAACAACACCACUGGCAAAUAAAUGAUUAUGUUGGAACAGCAGGCCAGGCAGCCUUUGUAGCAAGAGGAGCAGAAGUUCUGGGCCCGAUUGUGCUGGCUCAGUCUCCCACAAAGAAAUGGUGACUGUGGAAACUGUCAAAAUCAUCAUUGAGUUACAAAGGCUGCAAUGUGCCCAGUCGAAAGAUGAGUGCUCAUGACCAGACUGAACUUCAUUGGAACAGUGUAGUAGGCAGAAGACAGGGAGCGGGGAUAGGAGAGAAGGAAUUUUGGGGUCAUGCUUGUGGGCUGAACAGAGAUGUUCCACAAAGCUAUCAUUGAAUCUGUAUUUGGUCCUCUGAUGUUGAGGAGACUGUAGCACGAGCAAUGACCUGGAGAGUGUGUGUGGUCCAGAGGAGAGGAGGUAAAAAGGGCAAGAGUUGCAAUUUCUGUAUCUGCAGAGGUAGGUAGCAUGGGAAGGGGGAUGGGUUUUGGUGGCAAUGAACAAGAAAAUCAUAAUGCUCAAGGGGGAAUAUUCUCUUCAAAAUGUUGAAAAGGCAGAGAAGGAAAGAUGUGUUUGGUGGUGACGUUGUGUUGGAGGCAUCAGAAAUGGGCAGAGUAUAAUGUGGGGGCUGAUGGAGUAGAAAGUGAGCACAAGGGAACCAUAUCAUGGUUCUGAGAGUGGGUGAGAACCAACUGCGGGAACUGGAUUGGACAUGGCUAAGGGCACGGCCAGGCAAAAGGGAGGAGAAUCCUCAGCUGAGGGCACAGGAAGAUCCUUCAGAACCAGAGUAAGCUUUCCCUUCUGCUCUACCAGCACAUUCAACAAAUCAUCUUGUUCAGUUUCUACCACCUACAGUGUAAUGCAAUCACCAAGCACACCUUCUGCUCAUACCCCUUCCUGCUGUUCUGGUUCUCUUAUUUAUCACCAGCAUUACCCACUCCCAUCCAAUGGCACCUACCUGAACAACUAAAGGAACUACAACACCUGACCUUGUACUUCUUCCCACCAACCAGGGCUCCAAAGGCUCCUUCUUGGCAAGGUAGUGAAACUUGUACUUUUUUCCAGCAUCUGGACAAUCAUCUCCACCUCACUGAGGACAUUCCCCCUGUGUUAUCUUCACCACUUCUCCACUCUGCAACGCAAGACAUGCUUGUUUUCUCACUUUUGCAGUUCUAAUAAAAUGUCAUCAACCUGAAACAUCAAGAGUGUCUAUGUCCACAGAUACUGCCUGGCCUGCUGAGUAUUUCCAGCAUUUUCUGUUUAAGUUUUCCAGUAGCUGCAGAAUUUUACAUUUGUAUUGGCAGCAAAUGCACGUUUCAAUUUUUUUCCUCAAUGUAUGCAGGGCUUUGAAAUAUCUACAGUGAAAUGUCAUGCAAGUAUGCCAGCGCCUUUAUUACUUUCUUAAAAAGGUACAGUUUAAACUCAUUCAUGGUAAUGCUACAUUGCAGAGUGUCUGAGGUGGCAGCUCCGGGUUAACAGAGAGGUUCUGGCUUUACGCGAGUGUGCCCAGGCAGGUACAUACACACUGUCACACACAUUCACUCACACACAUAAACACCCUUCAGAAAUUCUGCCCUCAGCAUUCACCGAAUCUGAUCUACACAGUGAGAACAAGUUUGAAAAAGGGACAUCUUCCAUCUGUGACUCACACCAAUAAGAAGUUGGCUUAAUACAAAAAUC